AUGUCCCAGGAGAGGGUUGUGUCCGAAUCUGUCUCAUCUUCCUCCAGACUGGCUUCUCUCCCUCCAAAGGGAACAGGAGGAUCAAAUCACAGAAUUAUGUCCAGCGGUGGAGGCGGCCUGGGCCUGGAGAAGAAUGUCUUUGGCCACAGCAGCGGUGGAACCUACUUCUCUUCAUCCUCUGUGGGCGUCAGCAGCAGCACCUACGCCUCAUCCUCGGGGGUCUACCUGAGCGGGGACUCGUCAGGGGGAGGAGAGGGUACAGGGGGCUUCUUGGACGUGGAGGGCUAUGGCAGCAGCAGCGGAGGAGGAGGAGGUGGAGGAGGAGGAGGAGGAGGAGGAGGGAGCAGCAGCAGCUACAUGGUCAGCUCCAGCUCUGUCUCCAAGGUGAGGUCCAGCAGCUCCAAUGGGGGAGGCAGGAGGACCCAGACCACCAGCUCCAGCGGAGGACUCUCCCCUUCAACCUUCAGGGAGCGCAAGGCCAGCGGCGCGGAGCAGAAGCCUGGAGACCACAGAACGUCCAAACAGUGUCCUCACGUCGGCAGGUUGGUGGAGGAGGCUGUGCGCAGACGCUCGGGGAGCUUCCCACGCUCUAAAACAGCGCGGGGCUCCCCGGGUGUCACGCAGGACCAACUGCGGGAAGCCCCGGGGGGAUCUCUGUGCCCUAACGUGGCGCAGGAUACCUCCGGGAGCGCUGUCCCUGCUGUGGGAGGGUCCGUGUGCUCUGACGCGGAGGGAAUCCCCAGAGGCGCUGCACAGAGCAGGUCCUAUGCUGAGGUGGCCGCGGGGGGUCUCUGCGCUACAUCACGGCGCAGAGUCCUCCCGUGGACGCUGCCCUCGCCCGCGGGGGGGUGUCUGCGCUCCAUUACGGCGCGGACUCUUCCCGUGGACGCUGCCUCACUCGCGGGGGGGUCCUCUGCGCUGUUGCACGGCGAGGAGUUCCCCCGCAGAUGCCAUCCUCGCCUCCUGGUGGAUCCCCCCGCCCGGUGCGCGGCCCUCCCACAUUCGCCCACACUACCACCACCACCAACCCGGCCACAGUGGAGUCAUUCGGUCUCCGGAUCCUCCACCCUGCUCCACAGCCGCUCGUGGCGGCUCCGCUCCGGGCACCCCCCAAGGCUCUCCUGUCCCCUGCUCUCCACCAGGUCCCACCCCAGUCACACCCUCCCCUCCGCGGCCUCUGUGUGCACCAACCACGCUCCUGACAAUUUUAAUCUGUUCUGGAACCGCUACCCCUUCUUCACACCCGACGGACUUCACAUCAACCCACUUGGCAACCGCAUCAACCCCUGCUCUCUUCCCCAGCACAAAAUUACAGUUUUGUCCAGACCCCGCCCCUACAGACCGUCCAUACCCAGGAAACCGUCCUUCACCAACCUCAUCACUGUUUCCCCCAGCCCUCUCUCAUCCUCUGCUCCCCCCACUUCGAACUUUUAA